UGCAUGUCCACUGGAGGCAGGUUUGACUUUGAUGACGGGGGGUCGUACUGCGGGGGGUGGGAGCAGGGUAAAGCCCAUGGCCGAGGGGUCUGCACGGGGCCCCAGGGUCAGGGCGAGUAUGCGGGUGCCUGGAGCCACGGCUUCGAGGUCCUGGGCGUGUACACGUGGCCCAGCGGGAACAGCUACCAGGGUACCUGGGCGCAGGGCAAGCGGCACGGCAUCGGAGUGGAGAGCAAGGGCCGUUGGGAGUACAGAGGGGAGUGGACGCAGGGGUUCAAAGGUCGCUAUGGGCAAUUGGAGAGCACGGCCAGCGGGGCCCGGUACGAGGGGACGUGGAGCAACGGGCUGCAGGAUGGAUACGGCACUGAAACCUACUCUGAUGGAGGAACCUACCAGGGCCAGUGGCUCGGCGGGAUGCGUCAUGGCUAUGGCGUGCGGCAGAGUGUACCGUACGGCAUGGCGGCCGUCAUCCUCUUCCCUCUGCGAACAUCCAUAAACUCCCUCCGCUCCGAGCACAGCCACGGCCCUCCGGCUGUGCUGGAGGACGGCACCGCCAACACGCCCACGGACGGGGUGGUGGCCGGGCUGGCCGGGAGCCCUGUGGGACGAGGCGGGUUCGCGCUGACGGCUCCAAGUGAAGCCGAACGCCAGAGGAAGAGGAAAGGUCGCUUCCGCCAGUCCAUCCUGAGCGGCCUGAAGCUGCGGCGCUCCGAGUCCAAAAGCUCCCUGGCCAGUCAGCUCAGCAAGCAGAGCUCCUUCUGCAGCGAGGCCGGCAUGAGCACCGUCAGCUCUGCUGCAUCUGACAUCCACUCCAACGCCAGCGAGAGUGAACAGGGCGCUCCCGUAGACGCCACUGUCACAGAAAUGUACGCUGGCGAGUGGCGGAGCGACCAGAGGGCCGGCUGGGGCGUGAGCCGGCGCUCGGACGGCCUGCAUUACGAAGGUGAAUGGGCAGGGAACAAGAGGCACGGAUACGGAUGCACCACCUUCCCUGACGGCACCAAGGAGGAAGGAAAGUACAAGCAGAACGUGUUGGUGAGCGGCAAACGCAAGAACCUGAUCCCGCUGAGGGCCAGUAAAAUCCGAGAGAAGGUGGACCGGGCUGUCGAAGCUGCCGAGAAGGCCGCAGACAUCGCCAAGCAGAAGGCGGAGAUCGCCAUGUCAAGGAUGAGCCACGCUCGUGGGAAGGCGGAGGCAGCUGAAGGAGUGGCGCAGAAGGCCACGGAGGAGUGUCGACUGGCCCGGAUCGCUGCCAAAGAGCUCUCUCCCUCCUUUCACAUCUAUGGGAACGGGCUUGAAUGUCAGAGGCCCAAGCACCAGGACGCCAAGGACAAAGACCAUGAGGUGAUCUCCACGGGAACAGACAGUCCGGAGCUGUGCACUCCGGACACCACGCCACCUGUAAUAACACCUGAUCUCAGCCCCGUGCUGAGCGUGCCCACCUCGCCCCCCCACAGUCCGCCCAAGCACGCCCAUCGUCCCAGAAAUGCUUGCUUCAUGCGCCAGAGCGCCGUGGACGAUCAGGGGGGGGCCGAGAUCCAGGUGCUGGUGGAGGGGCGGGGGAUGGAUCUGCCGAGGGGAGGGGCUAACAAUUGGACCGAUGACAUGUAUCCGGACAGAGGAGGCAGCAGCCGUUCCACCACGCCGUCCCUUCUGGAGGAGCAAGAGGGCCAAAUUAACGGCCACGAGCAAGCCCCUUUGUCCAACCACAAACCGCGGGAGAAAUCCUUGUCCAAUCACAAGUCCCGGGAGCACGCUUCCUCCUACAGAGCAUGGGAGCACUCCUUGUCCAACCAAAAGUCCUCCAAGCAUGCCUCUUCCAAUCACAAGUCAAGGGAGUACUCGUCCUCCAAUCACAAAACAUGGGAUCAUUCUUCCACCAAUCACAAGGCCUGCGAGCAUGCCUCUUCCAACUACAAGCCGCAGGUGCACAUUUUAUCCAAUCACAAGGCCUUGGAACAUAACAUGUCCAAUCACAAGACUUCUGAGCAUGCUUCUUCCAAUCACAAGUCCCAAGAUUAUAUCUCCUCUAAUCACAAUGCAAAGGACCACGUCUCUUCUAGUUACAACCCUCGAGAGCAUGUCUACUCCAACCACCAUCCAAAGCAGCACAACCCCUCCAACCACAAGCUUAACGAGCAUGCUGUAAUCGACCAAAGGCUAGACGGCCUCACCGGGGGCUGGACUGCUGAGAGCGCCCUCAGGUGGAGCCCCGCCCACUCGCGCGUCACAGAGCAGGACGAGGAGCGGAUGAAUGACUAUACGGUUGACAUGAGGCUUCAGUGUCCGGACUCGCAGACGUCUCGGGGGCUGGGCCAGGAGUCCCCGGCCCCCAAAAACAACAGGCUGCGAUCUCGAGGCCUUCGGCCGGUCAGAGAGGGAUCCAUGGACUCUGUACAGAUGCUGGACAACCUGAAUGUGGGGGCAGAGCUGGAGGAGUGGCCGCUGCACAGGGACCUCACCCUCUCCCCACCCCUAAAGUCUCAGCCCAUCACUCUGGAGCAGGAAGGAGAGCAUCUCACCCUCAAAUCAAACUCAGGCUCCAGCUCUAUUCUGGUGGUUAUGGUCAUUUUACUCAAUAUUGGAGUAGCCAUUCUUUUCAUUCACUUCUUUAUUUAA